ACCACACAGGAAAUAGGCAUGCCACUCUAAUUGGACUCAGUCCUCAUCCUCUGUGUCUAAUGAGAGACUGGUGUUUUCUUUUCCCUCAAGCCGGUAAUAUACAUUUAAACAGUUUCUCUUCCUUUACCCCCUCAUGUGGAGUUAUAACAUAUGGCUAAACAUACACAGUUUAAUCCUCCCCUCGCUCUCAAGAUGCAUGCCAAGAAGAAAUGAGCUAUCAUCUGUCUAAAACUGACACCCCCACAUGCUCACAAAGGCCACACAGUCAGGAAGCCCCUAGUUACUCACUCAAUUCAGAGAAAUAAUGGAAGAAGCCUUUUUUCUCUUUGAGAACCCAUUUGCACACUUGCAGGGUUCCACCUCUAUCAUGAUCAGCAACAGUACAGCUUUGUCUGACAGUCUGCCAAGCAGACCACCGCUCGUUCUUUCCCUGCUGCUAACUGAUUCCUUUUUUCUUCCAUCAACAGACACCAUGAACCAGGACAACAAGUCAGACUCGUCAGACUCAGCAGAGGGUUUCUUUGCCUCCAAGCCAGCGCUGUUUGCAGUCAUCGGGGCGGGAUGCGUCAUCUUCCUCCUGAUCAUCAUCAUCCUCAUCGUCCUGCUGAUCAAGCUGAAGAAGAGGAACCGUAAGCACACCCAGCAGCGGACCACCGCUCUGUCACUCAGCACGCUGGCCAGCCCCAAGUGCUCUGGGAACGCCGGCUCCGAACCCAGUGACAUCAUCAUCCCGCUACGGACUACAGAAAACAACUACUGCCCCCAUUACGAGAAGGUGAGCGGGGAAUAUGGCCAUCCGGUUUAUAUAGUCCAAGAGAUGCCAGCGCAAAGCCCAGCCAACAUCUACUACAAGGUCUGAGGCAACGACUAUGUCUAGGAUGCUUGCUGUAGGGGAGAAUUCUGGCCUACCUUUUACUACCUUGUCCGUCUGAUGUUGAAAGACACUUUUGAUGUUCAAAAUAGUGACACAAGAACAGAAAUGAAAGAAGGUUGUCCUGGAUACAGUAGUUGAAACAUAAAACAUGAAACAUGUUUCCGGAUAGGCCAAAGGCAGGUUUUUGGAGAGAUUGUGUCGUCUUCUCUUCCUGCUUCAAGCUAGAAAAUUUAAUUCACCCAAGUUUUGCUAUACUGUGUGUCUGAGAAGACUGUAAGACGGUAAAGCCUAUGGCGUAGAGAAGCCUUCACUCUGACAAUGGAGACGAGUUGCAAACAGGGUAUACUACACAAACAAAGGACCCUGCAAUAGGGCUGUCACUCAUGGGCUCCAUUCCUGUAAUGAAGCCUCCAUUGUUUGCUCAGAGACAGAAAAAGGCACAGUGUGAUGACAGCAAAAUACACUUCCCUUUCACAACAAAUGUGUUUUACCUGCGCUAUUGUUUUUUAUCAGUCACCUACAGUAGCUUCCUUUUCACCAGUGUCUGCUCCUUCAACAUUGUGUUUCUUUUCUACUGAAUAUCUAGUUAAUACAUGCUAUAUUAUGGUAAAUAUUAAUAUUUCUACUGAAUAUCUAGUUAAAACAUACUAUAUUAUGGUAAAUAUUAAUAUUUUUCAUGUAUCCUUUACUGAUACUUUGUCACAUGUAGGAGGAUCUGUGUCAUUAAUGGCUGUUUUGAGGUUGUCCACUUUCUGUUUAUAAAAGAAACGAACACUUACAUAUGUAGGUCCCAUAAUUGUGUUCAGUAUGUGUCUCCUGUUAUACUUCUUUAAGCGUGUCCAAACAGGCAAAGUCAGGUAUGCAACUGUGGUGGGAAAAAACUAGCAAUGAACAUGUCUCACCCUGGAUGUGAAUUAAUGAAAGACAAAUAGCUCAUACUCAAUUGCGGUGAGAGGUCAUCAUGACUGAAAUAAAUUUAAAGAAAACUAAAAGGUUAUGUUUCAAAAUGACAGGUCACUUCUGUGUCUGAGCGACCUCGAGGGUUUUCACUCCGAGUUUUCCCCUUCGUGAAAAAGAAUAACAAGAUCAAAUUUGUUUGAGUAGAAAAAAGUGUGGAAGCAAUUAAGAUGUUAUCAAAGGAGCAGAGCCUUUUGCUCCCACCUAAAGGCCGUGCUCUCAGAAGAAUUGGAUGACUUCGGAGGGAAUGAUUUGCGUUCACCUAACGGUAUGACAUUUCUAGUGAUAGUUCUGCUCCCGGAGACAGUGGAAUGCUAGGGAUGUAGCUAAGGAUGGUUUUAUUGUUUUCCACAUUCAUGUUUGAGUCUGAAAUCAUUCAUAGCCACUUAGGCAUGGUGCCUGGAUCAGUUGUGUGCUCAGAAUGAGAAGGGAUACAGGUAAUGUCCAACGUGCUGUGCAUCUCCAUAAAAGCUUGUUUGAGGACAAUGGAAAUAAUUUGGCAACCAGCUCCAAUCCCUAUUCUCCUCAGCUGUGCGAUGAUGGGAAAACCAAACCUUUAAAAGAAAUUAAAAAACAGCGCAGACAAGAGAGGUACAGAGUGGACACUUAAAGAAGGUAAUGAUUCUGCUACAUUAUAAAUUGUUGUACAAACAUAAUUGCAGUACAGUACAUAUUUAUCUUAAACUGUUUCUACUCACAAAAAGGCUUUUUUAAUUCCUAAAGAGUUUUACCCUUGUUACAACCGCAACGGGAUGGCGCUAAAACAUCUCUGGUGUCUUCAGGAGGAGGACUAAUGAUUUACCAUUCCUAUCACCUGGCAUCCUCAAAGACCAGGCAAGAUUACACUGGUACCAAAUCGUUUUCAACAUGAAUCAUCACACAUGUUUUCUGUUUCAAUAUCUUAUCUCCAUGUACUUAAGUGGGUCCCAUAGUCUAGUCCUGUGUGUUUAUUUUGAAACAAGAUAGAUACUGCCAUGUAUUUACAGUAGAAUUACUCUGGCAUACUUUUCAUGUUGAUAACAUUGAGAUUAUUUUAAGUUAUUAAGAAGUUUAUCAGCGAGAGCAAGACAUGUGCCACCAGUUUGUUGGCAUUGUUUCAGAUAAGAUAGCAGAUUCACUGUUAUUUAGAUGGAUGUGACUGUAGACUGACAUAUUUGUUUGCUUUGAGGGUUAGAGCAGAUUGACUCUUCUUUUGAAACAUUAUAUACAUAUUUUUUUCAGUCUGGAUUUAUUUGGAUAAAUUAACAUUGUUUCGCUCAAAAAUUGCCUCAAAGUUUACUUUUGCCUUCCCGGUGUCUUGUACAUUAUAACUUACAUUACAGAAAUAAAUUAUGUCUACAACAUAUGCAAAUAUGACUCUAACCAUGAUUUGACAUUUUGUAAACAUAUUUUGUUUGUUCUGAACUGAAUUAUACUGUAACUACGUUUUAUAAAAAAGUGUUAAGAAUAAAGCUCAAAUUAAGUCAAUGACAAACUGGUGACAAACAGAAUCCUAAUUAUUUAGCUAUUGAACAAGCAUUGUUUUAUUGUUGUGUGUUGUUUGUGAUUGGGUAAAGGUAUAGUUUAUUACACAAUGAUCAUCUUCACAAGGUUUAAGGAUAAUGUGUACACACCACUGUGUGAUCUUCAAUUAUUUACAGUAACACAAUACCCUGUAGUCCUAGAAGUAACAUGUGAUGUCCCUUUACUGCUUGUUUAUUGUUUGUUUUUAUUUUUGGUAAUACAGUGGCCUAAAAUAAUGUAAAUAUGUGAAAAAGUACCAUUUUAAAGUUACAUUUAAUAGAGACCCAUUUAUGAACAUAAUGUGUUUUUUUUAUGCAGAAUUUUGUAAAUAGGUGUGUUUCUGGAAAGACAUUUUGUAUAAAUCUUGAUUUUUUUAUAGACACAAAUCUCUUAGAGCAGGUGUUUUAAGUGCCAGGUCUUGCAAGGAAAGAAGAAAAUUGUAUCAUUGUUCACCACAUACAUACAACAUGAGAAACAUUAUUUCCCCUCAGUUUCAUUCUUGCCGUCACAGACUGUUUGUGGGUGGGGAACUGGAUUGGGAGUCUAGAGAAGGGCCAGAUACUCUCCUAUACAUUUUAUAGAUUUUCUCUGUGACACAGUCACCUCUUAAAAUCGAUGGAUAUGUUAGUGAUCUUAAAAUCAGGGUAUGGUGAGCAACCAAGUAAUACUUGAUGCCUUGAUGUUUUGAUCAAGAUGAGUCUGAGUAUAAUACAAUGCUACAAAGGUAAAAAAAAAAAAGAAAAAAUGUUUUACCCAUGCUGAUUAGAAAUAGUCAGAUGAGCAAUACAUUAUUCCGGGCAUCUUUCCAUGCAAGUUUCCCUGAACUCUGUAUGGUCUCACUGACCAAGGAUACAGUAAUUCCAUCUCUAGUCGUGAGAAUCCAAGGUGAAGAAGAAGCAUCGUGCUUGGAGGAGGUCUGCUGAGCUUGCGACUUUGGGAAAUAAAUAAGGCCAACAUACAUGGCUCUAUUUCAGUCCUUCGACACCCCUCAAGGUGAAAUGGACACGCUCUCUUGACCUCCACAGAUUAUCACGAUAUUAUCUCUGGCUCGCUUUAAUGAGAAAGCAGCUCAAGCCCCAGACAUUUCCUCAGCUAUCAGCCACACAGCCAAAUUCAGCCCACCUCUGCUGUGCUGUGUAUGGAGGCCAGGCCACUCGCAUAGUUGAAAAAUAUUACAGCAGUGCUUAGCAACCUGAAAGCUGAAGUGUGUGAACAUCUCCAUGCUAUUGGAGUAAGAAGGAAAAUAUCUACAUUAUUUGGUUUGGUUUUCCUGCUCAAUACAGUUUAAACAGUAAUGACUUGUUCAGUGUGGCUGGUUGCUCACUUUCCCUGCCCUCAGUAAGUCAUUAUUGUCAUUGUUUUAUUUCUGUUCAUGAUUCAGUAUUAUUUUCAAUGUACAUGUAUGCAAUCCCAGUGAAUUUGUUUUUUUUGCAUCUGCUCCAUGUUCAUAUAUUUCGCCUUUCAUUCACAACAGCUUCAACCCAUGUUCAACACAACCAGUUACUAUGGAAUGGAAAUUCCAUGAGCCAAGUUUGAAAUCCUGAUAUUGCAUAUUGAUAAAUAAAUUUUUCCUAUGGAUUUA